UCCUGACUUCUUACUUCCGGCGCCGUUAACGACAAACAGCGUGUUUUGUUCAUAAUAUUCUUAGAUUGCUCCUGGUUUAAACAGCAACUAUGAUGUCAUUAAAUCCAGUACAGAUUUUGAAAUAUGGAGCUGAGGAGGAGAAGUCUGAAACGGCGAGAAUGUCGUCAUUUGUAGGUGCCAUUGCUAUUGGUGACCUUGUGAAGAGUACUCUUGGACCAAAAGGGAUGGACAAAAUCCUUCAGACCAGUUCCAACAAUGAGACAAUUCAAGUGACAAAUGAUGGGGCAACUAUUCUCAAAGCUAUUGGUGUGGAUAACCCAGCAGCAAAGGUUUUGGUCGACAUUUCUAAAGUGCAGGAUGAUGAAGUGGGUGAUGGAACAACAUCGGUUGUUGUCUUUGCUUGUGAACUGUUGAAGGAGGCAGAGAGCUUAGUUUCCCAGAAGAUUCAUCCUCAGACCAUCAUUUCCGGCUGGAGGAAGGCAGUAGACGUUGCCCGCCAGGCUCUCACCGACGCUGCAAGUGACCAUGGGAAGGAUCCAGUGAAGUUCCGGGAAGAUCUGAUGAACAUCGCCAGGACUACCCUCAGCUCCAAGAUCCUCACCCAACACAAGGAUAUGUUUGCCAAUUUAGCUGUUGAAUCAGUUCUCAGGCUUAAGGGAAGUGGGAACCUGGAUGCUAUUCAACUGAUCAAGAAACUGGGAGGAAAUCUCUCUGACUCGUAUCUCGAUGAAGGCUUUCUCCUUGACAAGAAGGUGGGUGUGAAUCAGCCCAAGAGGAUCGAGAAUGCUAAAAUUCUGAUUGCCAAUACCCCCAUGGACACUGACAAAAUCAAAGUGUUUGGCUCUCGGGUUCGUGUGGAUGCUGUGUCUAAAGUGGCUCAACUGGAGCUUGCCGAAAAGGAGAAAAUGAAGCUCAAAGUGGAAAAAAUAUUGAAACAUGGAUGCAGUGUGUUUAUCAACAGACAACUGAUCUACAAUUACCCCGAGCAGCUGUUCUCUGAUGCUGGAGUCAUGGCUAUAGAGCAUGCAGAUUUUGAAGGCGUUGAAAGAUUAGCUUUAGUCACAGGUGGUGAAAUUGUCUCGACCUUCGACUGCCCAGAGAAAGUCAAACUUGGAACAUGUGAUCUGAUUGAGGAAGUCAUGAUUGGAGAGGACAAACUGCUGAAGUUCUCAGGUGUUGCCCUUGGAGAAGCCUGUACCAUCGUGCUGCGAGGUGCCACUCAACAGAUCCUGGAUGAGGCUGACCGAUCCCUGCACGACGCCUUGUGUGUCCUGUCACAGACGGUCAAAGAAACCCGCACAGUCUAUGGAGGAGGUUGCUCUGAGAUGCUGAUGGCUGAUGCUGUGAGCAAACUGGCAGCCAAAACCCCUGGGAAGGAGGCUGUAGCCAUGGAGGCCUUCGCUAAGUCUCUCAGACAGCUGCCCACUAUCAUUGCUGACAAUGCUGGUUAUGACAGUGCGACCUUGGUAGCUCAGAUGAGAGCAGCCCACACAGAAGGCAGACACACCAUCGGCUUGGACAUGCAAGGCGGUCGUAUCGGGGACAUGGUCAAGCUGGGCAUCACAGAGUCGUACCAGGUGAAGAGACAAGUGCUCAUCUCCGGAGCUGAGGCGGCUGAGAUGAUCAUGCGAGUGGACAACAUCAUCCGCUCAGCGCCGCGGCAACGCAUGCCCGACCACAGGCACCAUUGAUGACUCACAGCUCCGCUUAGUUGCGAUCAUUUCCUCUUUUGUCCCCUUGGCUUUGUGGCUUCACUUUUUACCUCUCAUUGCUACAUCAUGUCUAGGUUUUUGUUUUUUUCUACAUUGUGUAAUUAGUUGCUUCUGAAGGCUUUGUGGCAAAACAAUUUAUAUCCAAGAGGUGAAAAGUGUCAAAGGGCUUAUUGAUUUUUUUACAGCCAGUUGGCUGUUGAAGAAAAAUGUUGAAUCAGAAGAGUACAAAACCAAUGGUCACAGCUAGCUUUGUGUGACAAAAAUGUUAUGAAGUUAAAGAUCGAGCUUGCUGUCUAAAGGGAAAAGUUUGGAAUUUGAAAUUUCAAAUGUUGGUAAUAAACCAUUUUAUCACAAAGCCUUUUAUCUGUCCAUGAACAAAAAAUUAAAUAAUGUGUGACUUUUCAUUUUCUGAACUUGUGUGUAUGUUGUUAGAGACAAAUACCAUAAGUGGUAAGUGUGAUAUUCAGAAGGGAAAAAAGGGUGCCAAUCUUGUCUCAUUAGCAGCUUUGCAUUAUUUCACAGGUUUAUUUGUCUUGACUCGGAGGAGAACAGAAAAGUCAAUACCAUUUAGAAUGUAGUACAAAAUGUACAAUUUUUAAUGAUUAAGUACAUGUACGUACCGGUAUACUGUGAAUCACAGUGGUUUCUGCUAGGUCCAGUUAGUUAUGUGUGGAGUUUAUUGGUAAGAGAUUGGAUCCACAAUUGAGAACACGGGAAUAAGUUGUAGGGUCUAAUAGCACAGACAGUGGUGUGAAACGCUUGAGUGACUGACAUGAACGUGUGUUUUUUUACCUGUAUUAUAUUUAUUUCAUCGGUCAGUUCAUGCAAAUCUUACGAAAUAAACGAAGUGUUCUUAAG